UCAUUUGCCUACUGCCAGAAAUGGCCUAGGCAAUCACCAGGGGCCUUUGCUUCGGGUCAUGCGCUAGCGCAUUAGCGCAUGGCCUCCAGAAAACCGCCAUGGCCGUGCGCGCGCGCUCGCGGAGCAGCUGGAGCUGGUGGGCCAUGGCCUUCGUGGCCUUCUUGGCGCUGCUCGGGGCCGCCAUUUCCUUGAAGACACUCAGCCAAUCAGGCUUCUUCAGCUCCCUCCCCCAGCAGCCCCAGAUCCAGGUUCGAGCGCUUAGGCCUGAUGCCGGAGCGCCCGAGAAGCCGCGGUUUCUGCCGGAGCCCGCGACGCCGGAGCCGGAGGAGCGGGAGCUGUCGCUGAACCGCCCGGUGCAGAGCGACGUCGCUGGGAACUUGGCGCCAGGCCAGGUGGUGACGCGUCAGGAGGCGCCCAAGGACUGGUUGAAGGACCGCUGGCAGGCCGCCAAAGGCAUGUCCGGCGUGCCCUUGCCAGGACAUGUUGGAUGCAAGUUGCCGGCGAAUUGGGAGCAUUGGCUGGCCAUCGACCUGGAAACUUCUCAUCGGCUCAGCCGGGUGGUGUUGGACUUUGAGACGGCCUACGCCAAGGCCUACGUCCUGGAGACCGCCGCGCUCAGUGGCCCCUGGCAGCCCCUGGUGGAGGUGCAACGGGACUUCGCGGGCCUGAAAAUCCAGAGGUCCGAGCACCACGUGAUCCACGAGCUCAAGGGGCCCUUCUUCGCCGAGCGCUUCGUGCGCGCGCGCUUCACGCAGCUGGCAACGCAGUGGGGCGUCUCGGUGUACCGCUUCCGAAUUUUCGGGAGCUGA